AAAAUUUAAAACCCCGCCUUCAAAACCAGAAGAACCCUAAGAAACCAAACAUUUUCUUACUUCAAUUUCUUUCUUUUAUCCCACAAUUUUCUAUAUUUUGUUCACUAUGUUUCGAUUACAGUAUAAUCCUUUUAAAACAAUUAUAGUUCUAUACGUACUCACAUUUAUCACAUUUACGGUUUUUCUAGAUGGUGUCGAUGGCAAAGGUAUUCUCAGGCUAAGGCCACAAGGGGUAGAUGCGUCUUUUUUGACCUCACAAAUCUUACCAAAUCGAACCUUCAUCGUUGACAUUAAUGGACCAGAAAAUUAUAGGUCGAUACAAGGUGCCAUUGAUUCUGUUCCUGAUAAUAAUCAAGAUUGGGUUGUCAUCCAUGUCAAAAAAGGAAUUUACAGGGAAAAAGUAAUAAUCCCAAGGGAAAAACCACACAUUUAUUUGAGGGGAAGUGGGAGCACUAAAACAGUCAUAGUUUGGGCAGAAAGCUCUGAAAACAACUAUCAAUCUUCCACUUUCAAAGUUGAAGCUCCUAAUUUCGUUGCCUAUGGUAUUAGCUUUAAGAAUGAUGCGCCCACAGGGAUCGCUAACACCUCACAUAACCAAACCGUCGCAGCAUAUGUGGGUGCGGACAAGGGUGCGGUCGAUAUUAUUUUCGGUCGCGGUCGAUCCAUAUUUCAUGAAUGUGAGAUUUUUGUGAUUAAUGAUAGACGAAUGGAGAUUCAAGGGUCAGUGACGGCCCAUACACGAUCAGGUCUAGAUGAAAAUACUGGAUUUGUUUUCGUUGGUGGGAGAGUUUUUGGCACUGGACAUGCUUUCUUAGGUAGACCUAGAGGUACCCAUUCACGAGUAGUUUUUGCAAAGACUUACUUGUCUAAGACUAUAAGACCCGAAGGAUGGAGUGAUUGGAACCAUCACGGUAGUACCGAAAAUCUAUGCCAUUGUGAAUACAAAUGCCAUGGACCCGGAGCUGGUACAAGUGAGCGGGUUCAAUGGUUGAAGAAAUUGAGUGAUGAAGAAGCUGCACCAUUCCUUUCUAUAAAAUUUAUCGAUGGUAGGAAGUGGUUGUUUGUAGGAUAUUCUACAUAAGCUUUCAAGGUUGCUGCAUCCACAUGUAUUAAAAACUUGUACAAUGAAGUUUUAGGUUGUUUGUACUAUAAUUAUUAGGUUAUGUGUGUUUUGAGUUUCUUCCUUCUAUAAGACAUGGCAUAAAGGAAUGAAACAAUUGUAAUUAUUUUGUAAAUAAUGGCUUAUAGGUUAUCAUUAACCAAUAUUAUUGAGCUUGUGAUUUUUGCAAUUUAAAUCCCC